AGUCACUAGAUGGAAACAAUGAUCCAAACUGAAUGAACCUUUUUCAAAAGUUUAUUUUUGUUAAUGACAGUAAAGUGAAAUAUGGUGUGGGUCUUCUCUGUGACCAAAAGAGAUCAGAAAGGACACCAAUGAAUGGAAGACUUUGAUCUGAAAAAAAAAAACACAUUGGAGUCUUUUUAAGAGUCACACAAGGGAAUUAAAUAGGUCAUAAUGCCAAUGCAUUUUAAACUGAUCACGUCUGAACUUGAAGCAGGAAACAAACUGUGCCAAACAGACCUGCAGUUAGAGGAAGCGGUUAACCAUGAAGACCAGAUUCAACGUCAGUUUACUGAAGUGAAAGUUCGUCAGAGCGGCAGCAGAGCUGUAGUCAAGACAAAUCUCUGUGUUUCUAUCUGAAGAAAAUUCAUCUGAGUUCAUCUGUUCUUUCUCAACAUCUGACUCAAAUACUGUGUGUAGACAUGUGUGCUGCCAGAUGUCUAAGUUCUGAAGAUCAGUUUCUGUGCUCCAUCUGUCUGGAUGUGUUCACUGAUCCAGUCACUACAUCAUGUGGACACAACUUCUGUAAACACUGUAUCACUGAACACUGGGAUACUACUGAUCGAUACAGGUGUCCCCUUUGUACAGAGAUUUUCUACACUAGACCUCAGCUGAAGAUCAACACAUUCAUCAGUGAGAUGGUUACUCAGUUCAGACAUGAAGCUCAACAGAAAACCAGCAGCUCAGAGCAACAAGCUGCCAAACCAGGAGAAGUUCCCUGUGACGUCUGCACUGGAACCAAACUGAAGGCCCUGAAGUCCUGCCUGGUGUGUCUGCUCUCCUACUGUGACUCUCACCUGGAGCCUCAUCUGACAAUGUCACGUCUGAAAAGACAUCAGCUGAUCCAUCCUGUGGACAACCUGGAAGACAGGAUGUGUAGGAAGCACGAUAAACCUCUGGAGCUGUUCUGUAAGACCGACCAGACAUGUGUCUGCAUGCUCUGCUCUGUUUUAGACCACAAGACACAUGAGUUUGUUCCUCUGAAAGAAGAAUAUGAAGGAAAGAAGGCAGAGCUGGAGAAGACAGAGGAUGAAAUUCAGCGGAUGAUCCAGAAGAGACGACUGAAGAUUGAGGAGAUGAAAGAGUCAGUGAAGAUGAGUAAAGUUGCUGCAGACAGAGAGAAAGCAGAAGGUGUUCAGGUCUUCACUACUCUGAAGGAGUCUGUUGAGAGAGGCCUGGACCAGCUCAUAAAGGAGAUCGAAGACAAACAGAAAACAACAGAGAAACAGGCUGAAGGUUUCAUCAAAGAUCUGGAACAGGAAGUCUCUGAGCUGAUGAAGAGGAGCUCUGUGGUAAAGCAGCUCUCACGCUCUGAAGACCACCUCCACCUCCUCCAAAGCUUCUCCUCCCUGAAAGCUGCUCCACCCACCAAGGACUGGACAGAGGUCAGCGUCCGUCCACCAUCAUAUGAGGGGACUGUGGUGAGAGCUGUGACUCAGCUGGAGGAGACACUCAGGAAAGACAAGAAGAAGCUGCUUAAGGCUGAGCUGAAGAGGGCCCAGCAGUAUGCAGUGGAUGUGACUCUAGAUCCUGACACAGCAAAUCCCUACCUCAUCCUGUCUGAUGAUGGAAAACAAGUGAUUCAUAGUACUGUGAGGAAGAAUCUUCCAGACAACCCAGAGAGAUUUUCGUUUUGUCUUUGUGUUUUCGGAAAGAAGAGUUUCUCUUCAGGCAGAUUUUACUUUCAGGUUCAGGUUAAAGGAAAAACUGACUGGGAUCUAGGAGUGGCCAGAGAGUCAGUCAACAGGAAGGGAAGCAUCACAGCAAGUCCUCAGAAUGGUUUCUGGACUGUUCGUUUGAGAAAUAGCAAUGAAUACGAAGCCUGUGCUGGUCCUUCAGUGCGUCUCUCUCUUGGUUCUCGUCCUGAGAAGGUGGGAGUGUUUGUGGAUUAUGAGGAGGGUCUGGUCUCCUUUCAUGAUGUAGAUACUGCAGCUCUUAUCUACUCCUUUACUGGCUGCCACUUCAAUGACAAACUUUACCCAUUGUUGGGCCCUAGUCUGAACUAUGGUGGUGAAAAUUCUGCACCUCUGAUCAUCUGUCCUGUCAAUCAAACUGUCUGAUCCAUUUAAUGAUGAAGCUUUGAGAUCAAUGAAUGAACUUAUUGAUCUUCACUCUUUAUUCCCACUCUGUACAUAUAUGCUUCAAUACUACAAUACUGGUACAGCUGUGAGCACAAAGAUAUCAAUGGAUUAGAGGGAUAUGGUACAAACUGAUCAUUCUGGAAUAAAAUGAUUUCAUUGUGAAUUAUCAUAAAAAUGUUCAUAUCAACUUUUUUCAUUCCUUCAUUCUUCAAUUUAUCAGUUUAGAUUUAAUGGUUGUUGGACUUUUACUUUUUACUUGCCUUUAUGUUUUUAUUCUGUUGAUUCAUGAAACUCUUGUGUGUAAUUUGUGUUAACUAUGAAAUGAGCUACAAUUAAAGAGCUGUGUCAUGCCUG